AUGGCCUCGUCUCAGGGGAAAAACGAGCUGAAAUUCGCCGACUGGAUGGCAACUCUGCCGGAGAGCAUCCACAGCAUCCCCCUCACCAAUUUAGCCAUCCCAGGGUCCCACGAUUCCUUCAGCUUCUACAUUGAUGAAGCCUCUCCAGUAGGCCCUGAACAGCCAGAAACUGUCCAGAAUUUUGUCUCUGUGUUUGGAACUGUAGCCAAGAAGCUGAUGCGGAAAUGGCUAGCCACUCAGACAAUGAAUUUCACUGGUCAGCUAGGAGCUGGAAUCCGUUAUUUUGAUCUUCGAAUUUCCACCAAGCCCAGAGACCCCGAUAACGAACUCUACUUCGCUCAUGGUUUGUUCAGUGCCAAAGUCAACGAGGGCCUUGAAGAGAUCAAUGCGUUCCUCACGGAUCACCAUAAGGAGGUGGUAUUCUUGGACUUCAACCAUUUUUAUGGGAUGCAGAAAUAUCACCAUGAAAAACUGGUCCAAAUGCUGAAAGAUAUCUAUGGAAACAAAAUGUGCCCAGCAAUUUUUGCCCAGGAAGUUAGUUUAAAGUACCUGUGGGAGAAGGACUACCAAGUGCUGGUCUUCUACCACAGUCCAGUCGCUCUGGAAGUGCCCUUUCUCUGGCCUGGGCAGAUGAUGCCAGCACCCUGGGCCAACACCACAGACCCUGAAAAACUGAUCCAGUUUCUUCAGGCGUCCAUCACUGAGAGAAGAAAGAAGGGCUCAUUUUUUAUUUCUCAGGUGGUGCUAACCCCCAAAGCUAGCACUGUGGUCAAAGGUGUGGCAAGUGGCCUCAGAGAAACAAUCACAGAGAGAGCUCUUCCUGCCAUGAUGCAAUGGGUCCGCACGCAGAAGCCAGGAGAGAGUGGCAUCAACAUUGUCACUGCCGAUUUUGUAGAACUUGGUGAUUUUAUCAGCACUGUCAUAAAGCUCAACUAUAUCUUUGAUGAAGGUGAAGCCAACACUUGA